CGGGCGCGGGAGAGGAACCGGCGCUGCCUGUGCCGCUGCGGGCUCCGAGGAGCGCGGCGCAGCCGGCCAGGGCCGCCGGGACGGGGAAGCAGCCCCCAGAGGCGCUUCCGCCCCGGAUCGCUUCCAGGUCGGCGGAGGCGGCAGGCGGCUUCCGGCGGGAGCAGGCGGGGGCGGCCUAGCGCCGCCAGCUCGCCGCCGCGGUGGGCCCGGGCGCUGCCGGGGCAGAAGAUGUUGGUGCACUUCUGGGGGUUCCUGUACAGGAACUACCUCCGCUUCUGGCUGAAGUGGAUCCUGAGGCUGCUGACGCGCAAAUGCGAACUGCAGCGGCUCCUGGACGGCUCGGCGGCGGGGGCCCGGCGCACGCUGAGCGUAGAACAUUCACUGGAAUCAUCAAAGAAUAAGGUUUUAAGGAAUGCUGUACAUGCUGAGGAAGCUGAUGUGGAGAAGUGUGUCAAAGAUGUAAUGCAAGAGAAGAAAAUUGAACAGAAGAACACAGAGUUUAAGACAAACCUGCAUAUGUCCUUACUGCAGAUAUCAGGGUACAGGAAGCUUUAUUUGAACGUGGAAAAUCUGAGGAAGGUCCCAUACGAUUCGGAUAACAGAGACCACGAGGAACAGUUAAUUCAGCUUUGGAAUUUGCUGAUGCCUCAUGAGAAUCUGAAGGCCAGAAUCUCCAAGCAGUGGUGUGACAUUGGCUUCCAAGGUGACGAUCCCAAAACAGACUUCAGAGGAAUGGGCCUGCUGGGAUUAGUGAAUCUAGUGUAUUUCAGUAAGCAUUACACCGACGAAGCUCGGCAGAUCCUUUCCCGUUCCAACCACCCAAAGCUGGGAUAUUCUUAUGCAAUAGUUGGGAUCAAUCUAACAGAAAUGGCCUACAGCUUACUUAAGGAUGGUGCUUUGAAGUCUCAUCUGUACAACAUGGUGUCUGGAUUGCCACAGAUGGAGCACUUCCAUCAGUUUUACUGUUACCUGGUUUAUGAGUUUGACAAGUUCUGGUUUGAAGAAGAACCAGAAAGCAUUAUGCACUUCAACCACUACAGGGAGAAAUUCCAUGAGAAAAUUAAGAGCCUUCUCCUGGAUUACAGUGUGAUGCUAACCUUACAAAACACAAAGAAACCUUAGCUGCUCUGCAAGCCUGGGAGGUUCUGCAUCAACAUCAAAAAAGGAAUUACUCAUUGGGGUGAGCAUUUUGCAGGUUUCACCAAAAACUGGAUUAAACAAGAGAAACUUUGGGGGUUUUGGGAGGGUUUUUUUUGUUGUUUUUGCAUUAGAAAAAGAUUAUCAAUCAAAAUUCAGCUCUGAAAGCUUGGACAAUCAACCUCUGUUUACAGGUCUUUAUAUGCUAUUCUCCAAAGGACAGCUAUUUUUUUUUUAACUAGUAAAAAAAAGAAAUCAAAAGACCAAACCCAACCAACAAACCAACCCAAACCCCAACCUAUCCAUCUCAAGAGCCUCUGGAUCACUUGUUCUCACAAUUCCUUUUAUACUUCUGGCUGCAGAAACACCAAGCAGGUAUUUAUGCCUCAUGAUGUUUUUCUAUUUGACUGUUGAUUUGUCUUCUAAAACACUUCUUUUAGUUGAGAUUUCUGUGGUUUUAGGCUUUUUGUGUUCUUGUUGUACAUGUAGUCAGUUGUUCACCUGAUGUUAGAUUUCUCUGGUUAAGCAGAGGGGGGUGUGUGUGUGAAGGGGUUGUGUUAGUUGCUCAUGAUUAUGGAGAAGAGGCUUAAUCCAUCCACAUACUGACACACUUACUAGAAAUUACUUCUAGGUAGGGAAGGGUUUUUUAAUCUGUGGUUUUGUACCAGCAAAUUCUUAGGUCUAGAAGAAGCUUAACUCUGCAAGCCAGCAGAAAGAAUCACAAAUCAUCAGUGUAAGGAUCAGAUCCUCAGCCUGAAGCUACUUCUGAGCAUGUUCCUGCUGUACAAAGCUUAAAUUCUUUCUAGUCUGACUUCAGCUGCUUGACUUUGUUGUCAGCCUUUUCUUUCAGCAGCUCAAUGGUGUAUUCUCAGUGGGAAGUACAAGAGACUUAGUUUAGCCCUUUUAUAAAGUUGACUCAUGCAAAUCUUUUCUUGCAGCUGCAGUCCCUAGUUUGUGAAAACAAAAGCCUCAGAGAGGUAUUUUCCAUGGAAGGGAUGCAACUGUGACACAUUCCUGAAUCUUGGCAUCCUCAGACAAUCCAGUCCAUGUGACUUCAUUUCUAGAUUGUGACUAACCAGUGCUUAAAAGCAUCUUUAAAAGAGGUUUGGUAUGACUAUCACUUCCUUUUCUAAAGCCUGCAAUUCAAGAAGUGCCUUCUGCUUUGUUCAAUCAGUGGUUUAUUUUGUUGCUGUAACCAGAUCCUAGCCUUAGAAGCUUGAGGUGUUUGGGAAAGCCUCUUUCAGUAAGUACCUAUGUAGCACAAUAUUUGUAUGCCAGUAGAAGCUUUCAUGCCUUUUGUUAUUUUGGAACCAUCUCAGGUAAAUUAGUUAACUUCUAGUCAGUGACUAAGCAUUAAGAGGUUCCUCAAGGAUACAAAUACUCAACUCAAGAAGAAAUGACAAACCCCUUUUGGUAAUGAGUGAUGUUACACUACAUAAGUAUUAAAUGAGCUCUUAUAUGGAACACUACAGCUUCUCCUUAGAGAGAAGCAAACCCCAACUGGACAUAGCCCUAAGCAAGUGACCCUGCUUUGGGCAGGAUGAUCUCCAGAGGUGAUUUCUCUCUCUGUACAACUAGUGACUUCUUGCACUUGCAUCCACCCUAUUGCUCUUGAUCCCUUCAAUAUGGGUGAGCUCUUAUUUGUGGGUAGGCUCCUGAUCAGGGUAGACAGUGUAUGUGUAGGAGGUAACACAGUUCUGUUUUCUGUUUGUGAUAGCUUAGGUAUAGAGAAACAGUUCAAGUGUAACACUUGCAGGGUGGAGAAAGUUAUCUCAUCUGUGCUGUGUUUUAUGUAGUCUACUAGGAAAGAAAAAGUAAUGUUUAGAUGCUCCUAGAGAGAGUGUUUAUGGUUAUGCCAUGGCUUCUGAACUGACUCAAACCUGCCUACUGCUUGGGCUGCUCCCAGGUACCUGAGUCCUGCAAUUCUCACCACUAAAAAAGCUGAGAUCCUGUGGAGAGCAUUCUGGGAUUCAGGUCCUGUGCUAGAGCUUUGUUUCUCUGGCUCUCAGACACUGAACAUUCCCCCUCCAAGAGCUGAGGAAGGCAGUGGAAAGCAGACUGGCCAGUGCUGAGAGGUUAGUUGUCUGUCACUUUCCUGCCCCAGCUUCUGUCAUGUUUGCCUCUGUUCAUUUUGCUCUUAGAUCUGCAACAUGGUUCUGCAUCUGCAGUGUCAGAAGUGACCUCAGUACCUUUAGCAGCACAAAGAAAGGAGAUUCCCAUUGUUUAUUUUCAUUUACUGCUUGCCAACGAGUAACAAAACUGCUUGAGCCAUCUCUCUAAAUACUCCCCUGGGAUAGAGUCUGCAACCUUUGGGGUUUUUGACAACAGCUGCAGAAAUGAUCUACACUUUUUUUCUGGCCUUGAAACUUUCACUUGGCUCCUUGAUCACUAAGAGACAUUUAGCUUCUGCUGAGGCUUUUAAAGCCCAGGGUUUCCUGUCACACACCUAAGUCACCUUAGUGUGGAACACAGAGUGAGUCUGAGGCUUCUGUUGAGUAUUUAAAGCCCAGGGUUUCCUAUCACACACCUAAGUCACCUUAGUGUGGAACACAGAGUGAAGCUGAAGCUUCUGUUGAGGCUUUUAAAGCCCAGGGUUUCCUAUCACACACCUAAGACACUUCAGUGUAGAACACAGAGUGGGUCUGAAGCCAGAUGCAUCUUCCUUAGCUUUUUUAUUGCUGUUUAAUAUAGAAGUGUGAGCUGGUAGUAAGCUGUGACAGAGCAAAGGAAAUUCCCCCCACCCCCCAUCAGAUGCUACUUGAGAGUGCAUUAGCUUGCAUGUAGUAAUUAAGGUUUCUGUGUGUUAGGCUUCACUACACCUUCCCAGUGAACAGUUAGCAUUUGCAUGUGGUUUUGUAUGACCCAGGUAGCCCAGUCCCUCUGUCUGGGAGUCACUCACUGCAUGUAGACCAGUAGUGGGUGUCCCCAUUUUGCACCAGAGGCAGGCUAAGUGUGUUAUGGUGGUAGCUAGGUCAAGUUGUGUUCAGGGAAGAACAAUGUUUUACUAGGCAGUGGUACUUCAUACUAACUCCUUUGCAGAAUGACAGUCCUAAGGUUCUGGAAGAUUCCAGCUGGAGGUAGACCACCUUGCUGCAAGCUGAUCCAACCUCUUCAGUAUCAGAAUUUAGUGCUUGCUGUUCAUUCUGAAGAGUUUUAACACCUUGGUAAAUGGUUAUGUAUGAACUGUCACGUCUUAUAGUAUGUCUUGUUUUAACUGGGACUCACAGGUACUGUUUGCUUUCUAACUUGCUGCCUCUUUAAAGCAUUCACUCUGUGAAAAGCUUUUAUGCAAUAGUCAGUUUAGAUUAAAUAACCUAAACCUGAGUCAAGGUGGUCCUUGAAAUUUGGGUGGUGUUCAUGUAGCAACUGUUUAACAAACUACCUCCACAAGUUGUUCAGUAGGUGCUUGGAGCAUGCAGCCACUCUGAGAACAAAAUUAACUGCAGGAGACAUUUAACAUACUAAUAAAAUGUAGUCCUGCAAUGAAUAAGGGAUAAGUAAACCUCGACAGGCUGAGGGAGCUGGGGUGGUUCAGCCUGGAGAAGGCUCCAGGGAGACCUUACAGCAGCCUUCCAGUACCUGAAGGGAGCAUAUAAGAAGGCUGUUGACAAAGACUUGCAGUGAUAGGAGGAAGAGCAAUGGUUUGACAUUAGAGAAGGUUUAGAUUGGAUAAGAAGAACAAAGCUCUGCACCAUGAGGGUGCUGGCACCAGUGUUCCCAGGAAUCUAAUUGAGGCCCCAUCCCUGGAGAUAUUUAAGGUGAGGACAACCUGAUCUAGUGGAGGAUGUUGCUGCUGACUGCAAGGGGUGAGACUUGGAUGACCUUUGGAGGUCCCUUCCAACUCAACCCAUUCUGACUCUAAACACAUUGCUUCACAAGUCUCCAAAUUGACUGGAAAGUGAUUUGAGGGGAGGAAUAACAAACUGCACCAGUCCAGGCUGGGAGGUGAUCUGCUAGAGAACAGUCCUGUGGAGAGGGACCUGGGGGUCCUGGUGGAUGCCAAGUUAGCCAUGGCACAGCAAUGUGCCCUUGUGGCCAAGAAGGCCAAGGGGAUCCUGGGGUGUAUUAGGAGGAGUGUGUCAGCAGAUCAAGGGAGGUUCUCCUCCCCCUCUACUCUGCCCUGCUAAGACCUCAUCUUGAACACUGUUUCAGUUUGGGGCUCCCCAGUUGAAGAGGGACAGGGAUCUGCUGGAGAGGGUCCAGUGGAGGGCUACAAGGAUGAUAGGGGACUGGAGGGCAUGGCUGAUGAGGAGAGACUGAGGGACCUGGGGCUGCUUAGUCUGGAUAAAAGAAGACUGAGAGGGGACUUGAUAAAUGUUUAUAAGUACCUGAAGGCUGCCAGGAUUGGGGGACAGGCUCUGCUCUUUGCUCCCUGGGAUAGGACAAGGAGCAAUGGGUGUAAGUUGCAGCAAAAGAGGUUCUGCCUCAACACAAGGGGGAACUUCUUUACUGUAACAGAUCACAUUGGGUGAUUCUGUGCUCCACAGCUUCCCUGGAGGUGUUCAAGGCCAGCCUGGAUGAGGCCUUGAGCAACCUGUUCUAGUGGGAGGUGAGUUGGAACUGGCUGAGCUUUGAAGUCCUUUCCAACCUAAACCAUUCUACGGUUGUGGUGCUGGAAACGUUUGUAUGUAGUGAGGUGGGAACUGAGCUGUCAGCAUUCUUUGACAACACUGCUAGUGACUGCCUGGCAAAACAUACCCUGCUGUUCCUUUCUGUCAUCCUUGCUUUGUGUUGCUGUAGUACAGUGGUGAUCAAUCUUUGGGCUGAUGUUCCUUGUGCCAGUCUCUGUGUUGUCUUUCUCUAGGGAAGAGGGAACAAAGCCCACGCAGCACAGCUCGGUGGGCAGUUUCUUCUGAUCACACUGUGCACAGAUAGCUGCCUACUAAUAGAUGCUUCUGUUUACCACAGUAUAAAAGCAAUAAUGUAAAGUGUGCUGUCUGUGUAAUAGGAAGGGAUGAUUACAGUGGUAGCAAAUAAAAGUUAUCCCAAAU